AGCAGAGGAGGAUACAGAUUGAACCGUUUUUGCUCCAGAGUGGAGUUCUUUUCAUCAGACACUUCCUUUGUCUAGGCUAUUGGAUGGAACCAUUCUUCAGCCAAACCCUAGCCCCAGAACAGCUGCCUCCUGAAUUGCUCCCCUUAAGAAUUCUCCUUUUGGGUUCCUCUUUCCAGCACAGUGUGCUCUGUUUCGCUUCUGCCUUGAUUACUUCAGAAAUGAAGUACAGCAAACAUUUAUUGAGUGGUGCAUGGGGAUGAACACUUGGAGUUAAGAGCCCUGGAUUCUUGUUCUGGCGCUGCCACUAACUGGCUGUGUGGCCUUGGGCAAGUCCCUUGUCUUUUCAGUGCUUUAACUUCCCUUUGAAUAAAAUGGGUAAGUGCCUUCUGACUGGCAGGCUCUUGUCCAGUUCUUCCUUCCUGUCCUCCAGCAGGCUCUCCGUGGAGGCCCGGACCCCUCUCCUCUCCAUGGGCAGCUGCCAGGCAGGGCACAACCUGCAUCUCUGUCUGGCCCACCACCCACCUCUGGUCUGUGCCACUUUGAUCCUGCUGCUUCUUGGCCUUUCAGGCCUGGGCCUUGGCAGCUUCCUCCUCACCCACAGGACUGGCUUGCGCAGCCCUGACAUCCCUCAGGACUGGGUCUCUUUCUUGAGAUCUUUUGGCCAGCUGACCCUGUGCCCGGUGAAUGGGACAGUCACAGGGAAGUGGCGUGGGCCUCAAGUCGUGGGCUUACUGACCACCUUGAACUUCGGAGAUGGUCCAGACAGGAACAAGACACAGACAUUCCAAGCCACGGUCCUGGCUAGUCAGAUGGGAUUGAAAGGAUCUUCUGCAAGAGAGCCCGUCCUCAUUACUGCCAGGGUGACCACAGAAAGGACCCCAGGAACCUGCCUGUAUUUUAGUGCUGCUCCAGGAAUCCUGCCCUCCAGCCAGCCACCCCUCUCCUGCUCAGAGGAGGGAGCAGGAAAUGCCACCUUGAGUCCUGAGAUGGCUGAGGAGUGUAUCGGGGUCUGGAGCCACGAAGGCCUUGUGCUCACCAAGUUGCUCACCUCGGAGGAGCUGGCUCUGUGUGGCUCCAGACUGCUUGUUUUGGGCUCCUUCCUGCUUCUCUUCUGUGGCCUUCUCUGCUGUCUCACUGCUGUGUGCUUCCACCCACGCCGGGAGUCCCACUGGUCUAGAACCCGGCUCUGAGGGCACUGGCCUAGUUCCCAUCUUGUUCUCAGGUCAGGCCCCACUCUCAGGGCCCCCAGGGGCCAUCAUGCCAGCUGGGGGCCGGGCCGGGAGCCUGAAGGACCCCGAUGUGGCUGAGCUGUUCUUCAAGGAUGACCCUGAAAAGCUCUUCUCUGAUCUCCGGGAAAUUG